UCCUAUAGAUAGGUUCCAUUCUGAGCCUCAGCAGGGGGGAUGGGGUAGGAACAGUAGGCCAAGCUGGUCUAGCCUCUGACCUCUUGCCAACGUUAAGUCUUGACUUCAGUGCGUAUGAGGCAGCUUCAAGGAAGGCCACCACUUUUCUGGCUUUGCUACCCCUCUCUGGACUACAAUUCCCAACAACCCCAGCACUGCCUGUCUGUGGCCUUUGCGCGCAUCUGGCGCAGUGCUUACUGGGAAAUGUAGUUGAAGUGUUUCUCGGCGCGAGACCGAUCUCCUAGCACGAGACUGGAGGCUGUGCAAGCCCCUCGACUUUUGAGACUUGGAGGUUUUUCAGACUAUAAACCAAGGAGGACUCUAAGCUUUAGCUCUCUGCUGCGGUCUCUUGAAGAUGGCCAGUGUCUGGCAUAUCAGCUCAGGCACCAACUCUGUACUUGUCCUCCAGUUCACUUCGCAAGGCUAGUCCUCCAAGUGAAGAAAACGGAGGGGUCACCUUCCAGAAAGUCUGGGGCUUUAGGGUCUAACCAGGGAUCCUAGACUUGGUACCAGAAUCCAGAUCCCACCCCUGCCCCCCAGCCGGGCAACCCCCUCCGUGGGAACGAAGACCAGCUGGCCGGAAGCGCCAAACUGCGUCCCUAUCCUAGCCCUAGGGAUCAAUCAGGCCGAGGAGUUAAUUAUGUAAUGAGGGGGCAGGGGGUCGGGACUAGUGAAGCCGUGAGGGAGAGGGGAGGGUACCCAGGUAUCCGGCCUCCUCUUGGACCCCUUCGAGGCCCCAGGGGUCUCCAUUCCUGCCCACCUCCAGGGCCCCAGGGAGGGGAGGGGCUGUGAUCUCUGGUUUGGAAGGGGCUGUGCUGUGAGCUAUAAAGGGGGCAUCUCUUAGACCCUGGACUCUAGCAACGGGACACAAGGCCAGAAGAAACUACCAACAUGUACCAUCCACGAGAGUUGUACCCCUCCCUGGGGACUGGCUACCGUCUGGGACACCCCCAGCCUGGGGCAGACUCUAGCUUCCCACCUGCCCUGGCAGAGGGCUACCGCUACCCUGAUUUGGAUACCUCUAAACUGGAUUGCUUCCUCUCUGGGAUUGAGGCAGCUCCCCACACUCUGUCUGCACCCCCUCCUUUGCCCCUUCUGCCAUCUCUGGGCCCUGAGACAGCACCACCACCUCCAGAGGCCCUUCACUCGCUUCCUGGGGUCAGCCUGAGCCUGGAGAACCAGGAACUGUGGAAGGAGUUCAGCGCUGUGGGGACAGAGAUGAUCAUCACCAAGGCUGGCAGGCGCAUGUUCCCUGCUUGCCGAGUGUCAGUCACUGGCCUGGAUCCGGAGGCCCGCUACUUGUUCCUUCUGGAUGUGGUUCCAGUGGAUGGGGCCCGAUACCGAUGGCAGGGCCAGCACUGGGAGCCUAGUGGCAAGGCUGAGCCCCGCCUACCUGACCGUGUCUACAUUCACCCUGACUCUCCUGCCACGGGUGCCCACUGGAUGCGGCAGCCAGUAUCCUUCCAUCGCGUUAAGCUCACCAACAGCACGCUGGACCCCCAUGGCCACCUGAUCUUGCACUCCAUGCACAAGUACCAGCCCCGAAUCCAUCUGGUGAGGGCCACCCAGCUUUGCAGCCAACACUGGGGAGGUGUGGCCUCCUUCCGAUUUCCUGAGACCACAUUCAUCUCUGUGACAGCCUACCAGAACCCUAGGAUCACACAGCUGAAGAUUGCCGCCAAUCCCUUUGCCAAAGGUUUCCGAGAGAAUGGCAGAAACUGUAAGAGGGAGCGAGAUGCCCGUGUGAAGAGGAAACUUCGGGGCCCAGAGCCAGUGGCUACAGAGGCCUGUGGGAGUGGGGAUACACCCGGGGGCCCCUGUGACUCCACCCUGGGUGGGGAUAUUCGGGACUCAGAUCCAGAGCAGGCUCCAGCCCCCCGGGAAGCUGCUUCUGUCCCAGCUCCGCCAUGUGGUGGUCCCAGCGCUGAGGCCUACCUCCUGCACCCUGCAGCUUUCCAUGGGGCCCCCAGUCACCUACCAGCCAGGAACCCCAGCUUCCCUGAGGCUCCAGACCCUGGGCGCCCAACCCCCUACUCAGCUGCGUUCCUGGAGCUACAACCUGGACCAGGGGGCUCUGCCUAUCAGGCAGCUCCAUCUGUAACACCCUUUGCCCCACACUUCAUUCAAGGGGGCCCCUUCCCUCUACCAUACCCAGGACCUGGAGGAUAUCUGGACAUGGGAUCCAAGCCAAUGUACUGAGCCAUGAUGUAGCAAGCCAAGGCAGGGCCUAUGCCAUCUUCCCUUUCAAACGUCCGGCUCCCUUCCCCCAGCCUGGCAGCACCCUCAUUCAGGUGCCCCUCCCCCCCACCAAAUGGCUGCCUUGGGCCUCUCCUCUACCCUUUAGUUCACACCUUGAUUUCACUCCCCCUCCUCAGGCUUCAAAGCUCAGGCAAGGCUGCUCAGAGUCCAGCUGGGGCCAGCUUCCCCUUCUCAGCUCUCACCUUAGUGUGAAUGGAGGGACUCUGCCUGGCCAAACGGAGCCCCAGCCCAGUACCCCCACCUCCCGGGGGCCUCAUUACUGGUGUAAGCCACACCAAUUUGUUCUCAGAUCAGAGUAUUUUUGUUAAUAAAACUCAAAAGACAUUAGUGCUCAGGAAACGUUGGGCUAAUGGUGUUGGCCCUGGGUGGGGCUGGGGUAGCCACAGCUUUAAGGGGAGACCCAAGCAGUUUCCAGAUGCUUGUCCUUGUGGACGUGAAUCAGCCUGCUCCAGGCAUGUCCCCCUUCAGGAAGAUGGGUAAGUUUCUUCACAAUGCUUCUUUUAAGAAUUAAGGCUGUCCUGGAACCUGGUUUCUGCCCAGCACUAA